ACGGUUGCAGAGGUUAGGUUUCGAUUUACAUUGUUCUAUGUUAUCAGUCAGAUGGCUAAUUAACAGUAAUCGUAUUUAUAUAUUGAUCCAUUUAAAAUAAAAACAAUAAUGGUGGACAGAUUUGAUAGGAAUAUAGAUAGGUCAGAGAGAGGGGACAGAAGAAAAGAAAGAGAAAAAAUUGGUCUACGUGGAGUAGAAAGAGUAUGGGGAAAAUCUCCAACGCGGAUUGAAGACACUGAUGAGGAAGAGGAACAACUGAAACAUCAUAAGUCUAAACGCGAGAGUCAAGACAUAGAUCGUAAACGCAAAAAAAAAGAGAAAAAAAAGAAAAGUAAGAAGCUGAAAAAGGAAAAGAAAAUGAAAAAAGAGAAGAAAAAGAAAAAAAAGAAGAGGAAACAUUCCAGCAAUAGUUCUAGUGACAGUAGCUCAGAUGAAGGAGAGCAGUGGGUUGAAAAAAGUGCUGUUAUAGUGCAACCAAGUGUUAAGAAGAAUACUGAAUCUGAAGACAGUGAAGAUGAUGGUGUUGUUGGUCCAACUCUCAAACCUACAAUUACACUUACUGCAAAAGAACUUGGCAGAGCUCUAUUGCCUGGAGAAGGUGCUGCUAUGGCUGCAUAUGUACAAGAAGGGAAACGAAUUCCCAGGAGAGGAGAAAUUGGUUUGACAUCAGAUGAAAUUGCAUCAUACGAGUCUGUUGGAUACGUUAUGAGUGGUAGCAGGCAUCGUCGUAUGGAGGCUGUGCGUAUUCGUAAAGAAAAUCAAAUUUAUUCAGCAGAUGAAAAGAGAGCUUUAGCUAUGUUCAGCAAAGAAGAGAGACAGAAGAGAGAAAAUCUUAUAUUAGGACAAUUCAGAGAUAUGAUAUCUGAAAAGAAAAAGCUGGCUCAGGAAAAACAUAAAGAGUAAUUAAUUAAUUAAGUUGUAA